UUUCGGUCCUACCUUGGCUAGGGUUCCAUAAUCGACAAUUGUGAAGCACUGUUUUGUUCAUCAUCUGCAUUUGGAGUUGUAACCUUCCAUCGUUCGUAUCUCUCUUCCACCACAACUGCGCCGACAUCACUCAAUCUAAUGGCACCUCCUCCAGGACCUUAUUCCGGUGCCAGCACCCUAGCUUUGGUCGCUAGAGCUUCCGCUUUCUCCUUCGGUGUUGUUUAUGGAAGCAUCAAGCUCAAGUACCUUAAGGCAAAAGCCAAGUCUCAUAAAAAAGCUCAGGAGAAGGCUCAUCACUGAAAAAGAGAGAGAUGCCUGGGUUGUUAUCUUUCUGAGGAUGGAGUAGAUAACUGAAAUAAUUCAUGACAACAAACUGUACCAUGUCUUCUCCCAUUUUUUUUUCUGGUUUAAGCUUUGGACAAUCUUGAAGCAUUGAGUUUAAUGCAUUAUGAAAAUAUUCAAUAUUUUGCCUUGUUAUAAUAAAUACGAUGUGUUUUUUUUA